AUGGCCGCCGAGGAGGACCGGAACAAAGACCCUCACGAGCUGCUGCUGUGCAGGCGCGACGGGAGAAUCGGUGUAGGGAGACCCCCUUGCGGCCUGCCGAAGCCCCGCACCGCGCCGCCCGCCCCGCAGCCCGCCGCCCGCUCCCGAUGCGCCGGUAGGCGGGGCGCAGCAGCGGGACGGCGGCCUCCUGCAGCCUUUGGUGCGUUCAGGCUCCUGUCCAAACCUGAUGAUGAGUCGGAGCGAGCGGGCCGAGGCCCGGCCCCCCCCCGCCCCGGCGGCCCCGCCCAGCUGCCCCGAGCCCACCGGCCCCUGUGCGUGUCGGUGUCCUCCGACAGCAGCGGCCGCUUCCGCGCUCUGGAGACUCAGGAGUGGAAGAACAACCUGAAGGCCCAGAUGGAGCAGGCCCACAGCGCCGGCGCCGCCAGCAGCACCGGGUCCCUGGAGCGGGCGUCCCUGUUCUGCGCCGCGGCGUGCGGCGGCCCGGCGGAGCCGCUCAGCAAGAGCAAGUCGUCCAGCCGCUUCUCGCUCUUCUCCCCGCCGUGGAACAGCAGCUCGGAGUCGGACUCCAACCCGCCGUCGCGCUCCGGCUCCAAGAAGCUGCGUAACUACAGCCGGCGGGCGGCCACGGGGCCGGCGGGCGUCGCGGCGCCCGACACGGCGCCGGAGCCCCGACCCGGCGGCGGCGGCGGCGGCGGCCACGAGCACUUCCAGUACUCGGAGCCCGUCAUCUCCAAGGUCACGGACUACAUCUACGUGGGCAACCUGAACGCGGCGUACAACGGGCGCGCCCUGUGCCGCAACAACAUCGACAGCGUCAUCGACAUGAGCGGCGCCCCGGGGGAGCCGGGCCCCCGCCUCAGCCUGGUGCCGUGCACCUGCUCCCGCGGCGCCCGCCACAGCUGGUCGCGCCUCAAGGUGGACAUCGGGGACGUGCCGGACGCGCUGGGCGACGGGCCGGCGCUGAAGCAGCGCUGCUUCGAGGACAUCAACGAGUGCAUCGACGCCUCCGCCGGCAAGAGGCGGCGCGUGCUGGUGCACUGCCGCGACGGCUUCUCGCUGGCGCCCACCUGCAUCAUCCAGUACCUGAUGGUGCGGCGGGACAUGAGGCUGGUCGCCGCCUACGAGCUGCUGCGGGCGCGCUACCCCGUGAACAUCAGGGAGUGCCACCAGAACGUGCUGGUGAGCCUGGAGCGGGCGCUGCGGCCCGGCGGCAGCACCGACCCCGAGUGCUUCAAACAGGCCAUUUCGCGCAAAGUGGCGUGGAGCUGACGCCCUGACUCCGCCCCCCUCGUGGGGUUUAGACGUGUCCCUAAAGACGUGUCCCCCCCCCCCCCGUCCCCCACUUGAGUUCAGUGGUUGUAAAAGUUACGGAUUUGAUGUAUUUCCCUCUUCAGAACCUGUAAUGUGACCUGGCUCCGCCCCCCUCCCCUGGCUCCGCCCCCCUCCCCUCCCAGGAGACUCAGUACGCGUUGCACUGUAAUAUUCGCCGUGGCGUGCGGGUGUGGUCGUGUUGGUGGUCGUCGUGUUUCAUAUCAACGGGGAUCUCAGGACCGUGAUGAUGUCAUCCCAGUAGAGGGCGGGACUCGUUCGGCGAGCAACCGUGUUCACACCUGGCACCGCAAUGCAUCCUGGGAGGCCGCCGCGUGUUUCCCACUGUUCACCUGGCCAAAGAAAACACAUUUUUUUCCUCUCCCCCCGACAAUAAAUUAGAUUUAAUCAGAUUAUAUCGAACAUUCCAGACGUUGGUUUAGUUUUCACGCCGUAGAAAACAUUUCGACAAAACCUAAAUUUGUACAAAAAUACAUCAACACGUAUUAUCUAAAUUUUUAUUAUUUACCAUAACUAACGUCGGCUCGGUGAGGACCAUCGGGACUGUCGGCCAUCUUUGUUUUUAAAAGCGUGCGAUCACACGUGUGAGUGACGCCAUGUUGAGAGCCAUCAGGAGGCAAUCCCACCAUCGUAGAUACGCUUAGAAUUCUGAAUUUAGCACCUUUUUUAUCAGCAAAAAUCAGGUUAAAAAAACAACAAUGAUCAUUUUUUGAGUUUGUACGUUAACUGAGCGCUCAACUUAAAAUAUUCUUCUGAUGUCUGAAAAACCCCUCCAUUUGAAGUGCGACUCUCAGCCCAGCGGCCUCUGGAGGUGCUUCCUGACGUCUACCUGGUGCCAGGUGUGAACCUGCAGUCGGCUUCAUGAAGUGAAGUGAGAGUUUUUCCUUCUUUAAAAAAAAAAAAAAACCUAGCUAUUUUGCUGGUAAAUAAAUAACUAAAUGGUUGUUUGGAUGUUCUCGCCGUCGUCCGCCGGUGGGAGAAUGAAGUCGGUUCCCGGUCGGGUGAAGAUAUCGAUUUGUCACGAUUGGAUUACGUCACCGAUCAAUCGGACUUUAUCGAGCGAGACGGACGCUUUGCUCUGUUCACGCUGUGUUAUGGUUAUGAUUUCCCCUCCUGGAGGCCCAACGCGUCCUCUGUGAGGACUGCGGUGGUGCAUUGUGGGUAGAUGUCUUCGGUGGUGCCGUGUCCUUGACCUUUGACCUCCGGCGUGACGCUCGGUGGAUUAUCAGUAUUAUUGUGCCACCAACCCGGGCUCAAUCAGUCUGAUCAGUGAUCGGUUUGCGCUGCGCUAACGAGGCCUCGUGGUUAUCGAUUGAAUACAUUUGCGUACAAUAGUUUCAGGGGGCAUUCAAAGGUCACCUUCCAAAAGUCCAAACAAAACCGAAAUAUUUAACUUAACAGUGAUUUAUAAAAUAAGAAAUCAGCAAAUACCCGUAUUGGAGAAUGUUUGGUGAUUGAUGCUUUGAUAAAUUACUUCGAUUAAUUGAUUUAUUACAAUGUUUAGACCAACAUUCUGGACAGAGAACUAACCAGUAAAUCUAUUUAAUUACCUAGAGGAUGACUUUUAUAUUUUAAUUUUUCAGCCAACAUUAUAAUUUGAACGUUUGAAUAUUCCAGGUUAUUGUUUCCACAGCAUGUCAUCAGUUUUAUUUUUGUUGCAGCAACGUGUCUGAUGAAUGUUUUUUAUACGCUCAAAUAUUCAGUUUUUUGCCCCAAAUUCCCACAAAACAGUUUUUUCCACUAAUAUUUUUCCGUGACACGCAGCCGUGCAUUACUUAGCUAACGUUGCGAUGAAUAUUCACGCAAAUCUCAAGCGCUCCGUUAAAAAAGGGCCGUACAGCCUCAACACCCUUGAGAUGAAUAUUCUGAAAAGCGCUGUUUACAAUAUAAUUUAUCCUAAAAACCUGAAUAAUAUCGGCAUAUGCCACGUCUUAAUUGGAAUAAGGCUUAAUGUGGAACAAAAGCGUAAUAUGCUGUGUCUGUUGAAUCCUGAAUAUUCCACCAGGCCGAGUACUAGUUGAAUAUUUGUGUAAAUUGAGUCGACUGGCAGCUUGUUUGUGGAUAUGAAGAGGAGCGUCGUCGUGUUCGCACUCGAGUUUAAAAUUAAAUGUCUCUUUACACCUGGAAUGUGAACCAAUAAUUUAACAUGAUGCAACGUUGAGCUCCGAGAAGCCGGGGAAAAGCUUCUGGUGGUUUGAGAUCGUUGUGCUGAUCCAAACCAAUCGGAUGCUUGAUGGUCCAGUUAGCCAGCUAAGUUCAGUUAUAGUUAUUUACGGCUCAAUAGUGGAACUAAAGGUGUAGCUUCUGGUUUAGCUAACGGUUCCUUUUUGAAAGCAGCUAAAAAAAAGUUACAUUGUAAAGUUUACUAAAAACGAACUUAUGCACCCACAGGUCACGGUUGAGCUAACGGUUCCUUUACGCUGAACGUUUGGUGAAUAAUUACCCUCUGGACUAUGAGACCUUCAUCAAAGCUAACGCUAUCAUUAGCAUGAAGCACGAACCAGACGGAUAUUGUUGCACUAUUGGAGUUUCUUAUCUUGGACUAAACUAGUUUAAAAGUACAAAUAAUCUGGUUUUUGCUCCUGUUAAAUUUGGGUUCUAAGUAGUUUCUAGUUCAUCAAAGAAACGUUGCCCCUUAAAAGCUGAAAAUAGUUUAGUUUUUGCUAACGAGACACAAUGGUCUGUUAGCUCGCGAACGUUAGCUUGGCUAACGGAUUAAUCGAGCAGAGAAAAGUUUGGCUGUAGUUUAGUUCGUAAAACUUAAAUUCUGCUCAGCUAACGGUUCAAUCGAUGCUUUAAUUGCGAAACGUAUGAAACACAAAUUAUCGGAUAGUUUUUCUUAAUUCAUUUAAAAAACGUUUCACAAAGAUGCUCGUCGAGGGAAAACUUCUGCCUGUAAAGAUCAUAAAAAACUAAUGUUUUGUCUGAAAGGACAACGGCAACAUUGCACUGUUUUUAUUUGAAAAAAAAUAUUACGUUUUAAUUUGUUUAAUUGAGUUAUAAUGCAGUUCACGGGCAGCCGCGGUGUAACCUCGUCUCACGGGACACGUUAAGCCGGGAGGUCGGUACCUUUUCGUCUCGUGACACUUUGCACACUUUGUACGACUUUUAACUCGAUCGUGUCGUGAAAUGUUGAAUAUUUUUUGGGGGAUGUUUUUUUUGUUGUUGGAGCAAACAGUGUGAACAUGACGAUUGUGUAAAAAAAAGAAGAAGAAAAAGGUCCUUACUGUAAUAAAUCUGUGUUACCGAUGCAGGCGACGUUUUCCCGAUGCGUUCGCAGACUGACGUACAUUAUUGCGCGUUCGGGUUCCUCCCUCGUCGUCAUAUCAACGGGGCCAACUCGUUCUCUCAGGUGAUUUCUCAGUGGCCCCAGAAUGUUCUCCAAAUGAAAUGUGAUAUUCAGAAACGUGAAGCGAUGUAUUUCUCAUGUCACGUUUCUGAAAAAGAUAUUAAUUUGUACUGUUGAAAUAUUAAAGAAAAGUACGUACUUAA